AUGGCAAAUGACCACGUAUCCCUCAUUCGCCGUGCCCAGCCGCAUGGACCGUAUUACAUCUGCGGUUUCUCGUUUGGCGCUAAUGUUGCCCUUGAAGUCAGCCAUCGCCUUCGCCAGGAGAACGAGACGGUGCAUCUCAUCAUCAUCGACGCACACGUCAACUACCGCCCACCACUCCCCAGCCAAAUCACAAGACGAGCACUGCGAGAAGUGGUUCAAUGUCCCAAUGGCGACGUCCUGCAAAACACCCGGUGCCAUGAAUAUCCGCGGAGGCAUGCUGAAAGAAGUAAAGUAUAA